AUGUGGAUAAGCCUGCAAAUGCUUUAUAUGACCGACUUGGACGUUUCCCGCCAAAUAAUGUCCGCGUUUCUGCAAAUAGAGUUGAAUUGGACGGAUAUUCGGCUGACAUGGGAUCCUCAAAAAUAUGGUGGGGUGGACAGUCUCUAUAUCGAUAGCAGCCUGCUCUGGAUGCCGGCUGAUGUUGUUGGUUCGAGUAUCCUUACGGAGCCGACCAACAAGGACCAGACCUUUCCGUGCAUCCUUCGAUCCAACGGAUCACUUCAAUACAUGCUUUCCGUCACCGUGCAGCUGGUUUGUCCGAUGGAUAUAUCCCGCUUCCCAUUUGACUCCCAAACUUGUGGGAUCGGCUUUGUACCCUCGUAUGAGGAGCACCAAUUCGACCCGCACGGCGCGCUAUUUACGAAAUUUGGACGUGAUAUUAGUGUUGUGGGCAACGGCGAGUGGCAGAUCGAAAACGUGUCCAUGUAUGAGCAGGUUGUUGGUGGAGGGCAGCAAGGGCUGGAGACGACUUUUGUAGUUGGGUGCUUUUGGUCGCAGAACGUUCGUCAAGAGCAGUUGUCAAAGUUGAGCAUCGCGCUGACGAGUAUGAUGUCGAUGACAACUUUCGUCGAUAUGAUCUCUCAACAGAUGCCAAAAACGUCUUCUUUUCCGCUUCUUGGUAUCUUCGUCCUGGCCUGCGUCUUCAUAACUUCAAUAUCAUGUGUUAUUUUAGUCCUAUUCACAGAGAAGCCGCUUUCAAAAGAGAAAAAGCCUGCGUACGACGUGUCGCGACAACUGAUGUGGGCCUACGCACAGAUUGAGUUGAACUGGACGGAUCCAAGGCUGGUGUGGGACCCGAAAAAGUAUGGCGGCGUCGAGCUGUUCUACGUUGAUAGCAACCUGAUUUGGAUUCCGACGGACGUGGUUGGAUCUAGCAUCGCCACUGAGCAAGCCAACAAGGAUCAAAUCUAUCCAUGUAUACUCCAGGCUAACGGUUCCGUUGGCUACGUACUUAGCGUCAGCGUGCAGAUAGUCUGCGCUAUGGAUAUCUCCAAGUUCCCAUUCGACUCCCAAACGUGCAGCCUUCAAUUUUCCGCCUCCUACGAUGGCAACAUUUUCGAGCCGAUCGGGGCAAUGUUCACCAAAUUCAACCGUUCGAUGAGUGUUUUGGGAAACGGCGAAUGGGAAAUUGAAAACGUCACACUAAUAAGCUUUAUAGCCGGUGGAGGAGUGGACGGGGUCAAGUCGCCGAUCGAGCAGUUGGCAAAGCUGAGCAUCGCGUUGACGAGCAUGAUGUCGAUGACCACCUUUGUUGACAUGAUCUCGCAACAGAUGCCAAAAACGGCUUCGUUUCCGCUUUUAGGAAUCUUUGUGCUCGUCUGCGUCUUUAUCACCUCAACAUCCUUAUUGGUUGUGUUUACGGAAAAAAUACCAGCUAAAGAGAAACGGACACCGCGAGAAAACCUGAUGCACUUCUUCAUCUCAAAACAUUUCGGCUUCUUCAUCCUCUUUGAGGGAUUAAACUUGUUGAAUUUCAUCAUAUUUUUAUCGUUUUGG